UGAUUGAAGUUGUGCUUGAUGCAAUUGACGUGCCGUGAUUUUGAAUAGAAUGGCUAUUUCACUUUAUGUUAACGCGAAUUAAAUAGUGUAUUAUAAAUAAAAUAUUUUGUUCCAUGUCAGUGUGAUUAAUUUUUCAAAUGUGAGUUAUUUUGUUAACAAUGUUUGGAAUCAGCAAAGAAGCUGUGAGAGUGAAAGUCAAGAAAUGUGAAGGAAAACUUCAGCCAGAAUUAAGAAAAUUUUCAGUUGAUCCUCAAAUUACUUCACUGGAAGUUUUACAGAGUAUCUUAGUGAAAGCAUUUGAUAUCAAGUCUGAUUUCACACUGUCAUAUAGAACAGUAGAUGACUAUGGCCAGGAAGUUUAUCUGCCAUUACUCUCUGACUGGGACUUGGAUGCUGCUUUUCUCAAGGCGCAUAAUAUAGCUUUGAAUCAAAAAUCAGAACCAUGUGUCCAACUGAAAGUGGACAUGAAACCUUUUGCAGAAGCAUCAGAGGACUGGGAACCUCCUAACAUAAAUACUGCUGUGACUGCAACUAGUCAAAGUUUUCGAGAAAGCCCCACAACCACUGCAACAAUACAACAAACUGAAAAAGUAGAAAGUCAGACAGGGCUGCAGGGGCUCUUUAUGAAUCAGGUCGAAAAAACAUUCAAUAUCGUAUCAAGAGCUCUUAACCUGUAUGAGGACCCCAACAACCCACCUCGACCACCUCUAAGCGAUAUAGAAUUCAGAGCAUUUCUUGAUGCUGUAGGUCAAAUCACCAACCCUACCAAGCUCAGAGAAGUUAUUUAUUGUGGUGGAAUUGAUCCAAGUUUGAGAAAAGUUGUUUGGAAACAUAUACUAAAUGUAUAUCCAGACGGUAUGAAUGGCAAAGAAAGAAUGGACUACAUAAAGAGAAAAGCAAAUGAAUAUUACAACCUCAGGGCUCGUUGGAAAGACUGUAUACAGAAAGGGAAGGUGAACAGUGACUUGGCUUAUGUCACUGGGAUGGUUCGGAAAGACGUCCUGCGAACAGACAGACAUCACAACUUCUACGCCGGCAGCGAUGACAACCAAAAUAUUGCGUCCCUCUUCAAUAUACUGACGACGUAUGCCUUAAACCAUCCAACAGUAAGUUACUGCCAGGGAAUGUCAGACCUCGCCUCGCCUUUACUCGUGACGAUGGGGGACGAAGCGCACGCGUACAUCUGCCUCUGCGCCCUCAUGGCUCGUCUCUAUCCCAACUUCUUGUUAGACGGCGAAGCUAUGACCCUUAAGUUCUCUCAUCUCACUGAAUCUCUACAAGUAUAUGACCCUGAUUUUUACACUUACUUGAAAUCACAGCAAGCUGACGAUUUACUGUUCUGCUAUCGAUGGUUAUUACUAGAGAUGAAGCGCGAGUUCGCAUUCGACGAUGCACUAAGGAUGCUCGAAGUUUUGUGGGCAUCUUUACCACAAAAAACUCCUGCUGUGGAAUUGCCACUUAAAGAAAAAGAUUUUGAUCCAUCUGUAGAAACUGAAGAUAACCCUCCUCCAGUUAGCCCGUUAAUUAAAGCACCACGAGAAAAUGCCUAUACAAAAGUUUGUGCAAUACGACGCCAAAGUUCAAGUUUCAGUUUAGCUAACGUGAAAGCACCGAAACUAGCUACUUGUAGACAGAUGAACCACAGCCUCGACGAAAGCGCUGCUCGGAAGUUAAUUACUAAUUCGUCUCUUAGACACGCCAAAGAAUUCAAAAGUCUGGAUGACGCAGUUUUACAAGCUCGUAAAUCAAAAAGCGACAAAACUGAAAAUGGACGUGAUAGUAAAGAAAGUAUGAUAUUAGUAAAAGAAACAAAAUUGCAUCUGAAGCAGAGUAUGAAGAGUGUUCCUGAAGACAGUAAACCUACAGAUUCAAACACGCUGGUUCCUAGCUCGUGGUCAAGCACUGGAAGUUUGGUAAACGGUAGUAAUCAGCCCGAUAAUAAAAAACCUUUAGGAAGCCAAAUUCGUCAGUUACGGGAUAAGAUUUCAGUACAUAACAAAAAAUUCUUCUCAUCGUUAGAUAAGCUAGAUGACUCUUCUAGUUCAGAUUCGGCCAGUAAACCACAAGUGAAAAUGAUCAAAAAUCUAAAUGAAUUUCUUAACCUAAACUUUGCGCCUGGGAGCAAAGUUGGUGCUGUCAAACAAGAAAAACUACAAAGAACACAUUCCGCUAUUGAACGCCAUUCGAAAGAAUGUCCUAAAAUUAUGUUAACAAAGACAUCAUUUGACGAAAGUGAUUUAGGUGCAUUUAAAGAUCAGUCACUCGAUAAUAAGAUAAAAAGUAUUUAUAACGAGGGAAACGACGGAAGCAGUCCAGAUGAUUCACAAGAAUAUUAUCCUAUGACAACAUCCAUGACAAGAGAAUUAAGACUUGAAUUAGAACACCUAGACCGCCAGGUGUUCGGACCGUCGUAUGUCAGCCGGUGCAGUAUGAUAUGCGACUCUCCUUCCGAUUCGACAAGCACUGACGAAAAACCUACUAACGACUGUACCUACAUUAAACAAACCAGGGUCAGGACAGAUACUUUAGAAACUAUGAACGAAGGUAGAGAACAAAUCGAAAUGGCAAAAAAAUCCCCUUUGCUUGAUACAAUUAAAUCAAACGCUAGAAGUGCAGAAGACAUAUACUUAUGGGAGAAUCCUCUGCACAGGAACACACCGACGACGCGCACGACAGCCAGCUGUCCGCAGACACCGGACGAGCAAGCCGAACUCGAGUUAGACGACACCGGUGAAAUCUUCGAGGAACACUCAGGCAAGAAGUCCAUCACUCCCAUUAGAUUACUGAGGAAAAACCACUCUCUUGAACGACCAGAACCUUACAAAGAUGCCAGAUAUUCUAAUACGCAUUCGAGCGAAUCAGAUUCUUCGGAGAUAACGCCAUCCGAUGUGCCCGAAACGCCUACCCUUAUGAAUAGUCAACAAGAAGUUACUACAAAUUCUUCUAGGUCACAAAAAUUCUUUUCGAGUAUGUCACAAGAGUUAGAAAAUGCGAAAAGAAAUUGUGAAUCUCUUUUGAACGCAAAACAGCCACAUUUACAUAGUGUGGCAUCAACCAUAAAUAAUUUUCAGAAAAAGUAUGAAGUUUUCAAACCGCCAGCCCAGAGGAAUGUUAUGACGAGCUCGACCAAUAGCGAUUGUUCAGCAAAAUUUACUGUCAGCAAUCUACCACCACCACAUUUCUUCGGCGGCGGUAACCCUUUUCUUAUGUUUCUCUGUCUCACAGUGUUAUUACAGCACAGGGACUACAUUAUGCGAAACCGAAUGGAUUAUAACGAACUCGCUAUGCACUUCGAUAAAAUGGUACGUAAACACAACGUAAACAGGGUGCUGAACCAAGCUCGACAAAUGUAUGCCAUUUAUUUGAAGCAACAAGCACACAAAACAGGCGACGUGACAACUUGAGAGAACUAAUUAUUUAUUACAUGAUCAAACGUGAUACAAACAAGUUAUUUAUUACAUGAUCUCCUUAUUUUUUGCUCAGACAAAUAGACUACUAGGUUUUUUUGUAAAAUAUUAAAGUGUAAUAUAAGAACUUGUAAAUUUGUUUUAAAAAUUUCUCAUUUCGUAUUUAAUUCAUAUGGCUCACUUCCAAAAUUCAUAUAGGGCUUGCUUUUCUAUGAAAUGAUAUUAUAGAGUUUGUAAUUAUGUGACUUAAGUGCAAUAAUCUGCCAAUAAUUCAGAAUCUUGUUAUUUAAUUCUAUACAGUCGGUGAUUUAACAAGUAACAACUUACAACAUUCCAAACAGAUAGAAUUUUAAUAAUAAAAGAUUAAUUUGCAAUAAUUAACAGGUGUAUUUUAACUUUGGUUUAAUUUGUUUCAUUCCAAAGAACUUUUAUUUAAGGUCUCAACAAUAUGUGAUAUAUUUACUGUAUUUAAUCUAGUAUAAGUUUAAUAAUAAAUUUGUUUUUCAAAGUAAUAUUUGAAAAUAAUAUGUAAUCAAGCACAAUAAUAUACUUCACAUAUUCUCAUAUAUUGGUAACUACAGAUAAAAAUAUUUUUCAAUCAAACAAUAAAUGAAUGGCAUUCUAGUCUUUCGCAUAUUAUAGUGGCGCUUAUGGCUUGGCCUAAAUAUAUUUAAAUAAUAACUUAUUUGACCUGUACCCAUCCAUAUUUAUUCGAAAUUCUAACUGUGAAUUAAAAUGUUCUGUAAAUAAAGUACUUAUACAACAUUGAA